UGCUGAGAUUGUGGAGAAGUAUGGCUUCAUCUGUCUUCACAAAUGGAAAGCUCCCACCUUUGCGUUCUUUCGUUUCGGUUAAGCGCAAAGGGUGUUUGAACUUGCUAACAAGAAGAAACACAACUUAUCUCAAGAUGAUUAAAUCCAGUUUAGAAUGUCCAUCAACUGAAAAGAUCGUUAAAAGAUCUCAGCCUGUGGUUAAGAUGUGCGGCAUUACAUCAGCUAAAGAUGCGGAAUUGGCUGCAGAGGCCGGUGCUAAACUUAUUGGCAUGAUUCUUUGGCCUAACUCAAAGCGAUCUGUUUCACUGUCUGUGGCAAAAGAAAUAUCAAAAGCUGCGCGUGAUUAUGGCGCUGAGCCAGUUGGUGUAUUUGUAGAUGAUAAUGCAGAGACAAUACUCCGAGCUUCUGAUGCAUCUGGCCUUGAAUUUGUGCAGCUUCAUGGGGACAGUUCUCGUGCAGAUCUAUCAAUGAUUCUCCCACAAAAACGCGUCAUAUAUGUCCUCCAUACCGAUGAAAAUGGGAACCUACUAAAUUUUGUUUCUGAUGAGGAAUCUUCGCCAGUGGACUGGAUCUUAGUGGAUAGCGCAGAGGGUGGCAGUGGUAAAGGAUUUGAUUGGAAAAAGUUCCGAUUACCACCAAUAAAGAGCAAAGAAGGGUGGUUAUUAGCCGGUGGCCUUCAUGCAGACAAUGUCUAUGAAGCAGUUAUUACACUUAAACCAGAUGGAGUUGAUGUAAGCAGUGGUAUAUGCGCAUCAGAUGGAAUUCAAAAGGACCCUUCAAGAAUUUCAUCCUUCAUGAGCAAAGUGAAUUCAGUAAGUUACUAGUUAAUUGCCUUGAUUAGCCGGUGAUUAUAAUAAAAUUAUGUCUCAUAACUGUGUCAAACUUUAAUAAAUUUUGUUAAAUUAUUUGUUCUUGGUUUUGUACCUUGAUAACUCUGGUAAUUCUCUU